UUGGCUGUUUAAACGGAGGGCCGCAGGCGUGACUCCCGGGCCUGUGGAGUGACCAGCGGUGCCGGAGGGCCGGGGCUGGGGGCCUUCUCCCUCACUCCCACUCCCCUGCGAUAGAGCAUUCGGACCCUCUAGUUUACAAGCCUUUGCCUGCUUCCCCUUAUUGUCACCCUAGAUCCCAGGUCCAGCACAUCUGUAUUCCUUUGUGCUGAAAGCAGUAAAGUAAUAGUGCAGUAAAAAAACGUGAAACUUUUGAGUUAUAACCUAGGCCUUCAGUUCCAUUGAAGGGGCCAAGAUCUAGGAUCUUGAUGAAUAAAAUAAAGCAGACAUAAUUCAUCUCUAGAAAGAUUAUUUAUACCCUGGCAUUUGAAAUGCUUUGUAUUUAGAAUAAUAGUAAAAAUGGAAAAAGAGAAGGUAAAUGAUGAUGGAAAACCAGACUCAGAGGAUUCCUUGGAUUUUUCUGAACACUUUAACCAACUUGAAUUGUUGGAAACACAUGGACACCUUAUUCCCACUGGUACCCAAAGUCUCUGGGAAGAGAAUUCUGAUGAAGAUGACCAAGAUGAAAAAACUGAAGAGUGGUAUCAAUUGCAAGAAAAAAAAAUGGGAAAAGAUCCAAGCAAAUUGCUUCUUUGGGCUGCUGAAAAGAAUCGGCUUGCUACAGUGCAGAGACUGCUUUCUGAAAAGGCCACUCAUGUGAACACUAGAGAUGAAGAUGAGUAUACUCCUCUUCAUCGAGCAGCCUACGGUGGACACUUAGAUGUUGUCCGUGAGCUGAUUGCACAAGGGGCAGAUGUUCAUGCGGUGACCGUGGAUGGCUGGACACCCCUGCAUAGUGCUUGUAAGUGGAAUAAUACCAGAGUGGCUUCUUUCUUACUCCAGCAUGAUGCAGAUAUCAACGCCCAAACCAAAGGGCUCUUGACCCCUUUACAUCUUGCUGCUGGGAACAGAGACAGCAAAGAUACCCUAGAACUCCUCCUGAUGAACCGCUACAUCAAACCCGGUCUGAAAAACAACUUGGAGGAAACUGCAUUUGAUAUCGCCAGGAGGACGAGUAUCUAUCACUACCUCUUUGAAAUUGUGGAAGACUGCACAAAUUCUUCACCUCAGUCUUAACGGUUCUAAGAAUUUUCUUCAGUUUCUAAUUACCAGUGCCUCCUUUGUGUGAGAUAUAAAAUAUCCCUGUAAUACAAAGUUGACAUCAAAAGUCUUACUCCAGAAAUUCAGUGGUACUCAUUAUAAUGUCCUUCCAAGUGAAUUGCCUGACCUUGGUGUCAAACUGUAUUUGCAAGUUGUUUCAAUAUAUCUUUAAUGAUUUCUGUGGAGUUUGAUCAGAAAUCAUUUUAACUUAACUAUACUUAAAACUUGUCAUGGGUUGUACAGAAAACUAAUGGUAUUUUUGGUGCUGAUCCAAGGGAAAUGUAUUUUUAAAUAUCCCCAUCUUGGAUCUUUGUUGAGUAUUUAGUAUAUAGAUAUGUAUUUUUAUAAGGUAAGGUAACUCAGAAUUUAAUUUAAAAGUCUUAUUUAUACUGAUGCAAUUCAGCUGUCUUCUCUGCAUUACCAUAGCCAUUUGCUUUCAUUUUAAACCAUAAGAACUAACAUAUUAGUGACUUGAAUCUUCAUAAAUUAAAGAAGCAUCAAGAAACAUAGAUCUUUGUCUUUUAUGACCUAGACGAUUUUUGAGUGUUCAAUCCAUGAACGUUAUAUACUGUCUCCCCUACCACAAUUCACACAAGCCUGUGGACAGUCCUACCUCACCCUGGUCAACCUGCCUAAUCCUUAUUCUACUGAGGAGUCAACAUGACCUUUUAGACAUGCACACAACUAUUCCUUGAUCCAAGAGGUCAUAAUAUAUCUGCUGUCCAGCUAGUUUUACCUGCCUAAUCCUGCUGAUUUGAGCACUGCUCAUAUAAUCUCUCAAGUUCACAGGAAAUGUUGAUUUUCCAGGGUCCUCAUUUUAUACAAACCAUACAAAGGCAAAGUGACAAGGGAAAUGGAAUUCUAAGAGUUGGGGGAUGAUUAUUACAUUGGGGCUAGAACCACAAAGUGGCUCAGGCUUUUUAAAAAGCAACAGUGUAGAUAGUGACAAAAGCAUAAAUAAAAAUAUUCAAAAAAAUAAAAGUUUCAAACAACAAAAAGAGGCCUGAAUUCUUUUUUCACCUGUGUGUAUCUUCCUUGGCUCCAUAACAUAUUUAUUCUUCCAACAUACAUUUAUUUAGCACUUCUCUCUGUUUGUCCAGCAGCACUUUCCUGUAGACUACCUAGCCCUCUGUGACUACUCCCAAAGGGUUUUCUCUUCUCAACACCAGAAACUAACAUGCUAGAAAAAGGAAACUAUACUAAUGGCCCUUUUCUUCAGUUACAUUUUUUAAAUGUCCAUCAAAGUUUAUCUCUUUUGAGCCAGCCCAUGUGACCUAAUCACCCUAGACUAAGCAAUAAUGUUAUUUAAUCAAAUAUGUGUGGUAGGUUUUAGGUUAGAAGAAAAUUGGAUCAUCUCAGAAGAGUUAAAGAUAAUAUAUAAACUGAAUCAUUGUGACAAACAGGAUCUCAAGAGUUAGGAAAGUUUCAGUUAUUUUGUGAUCUCUGGCUAAAAGAUAACUCGGUUUCAGAGUAUCAACAUCUGUGACACAACGGUUUUGGCAGAAAGUGAGGGGUUGCUUUCUGUUUAAUCUCUCACAAUUUAGUGAUACUAAAUGACAGGUACAGCUGAUAGACAGUGAUGGUAGAAUAGGAGCCCAACUAUCCCAGUAGACCACUAAACAAGGCUGCCUAGUUAUCUGAAAGUCACAGAGCCUGUGGCUCCUAUCUUACUUGGAAAUGAGUUGCAUCCAUGAUUUUAAGACGUUUUCCACCUAAGUAUGGGGCCAAAGAAGCCGCCUUAUUUCUGACAAGGAGCUGAGAUGUGACUGCUCCCUUGUUUUCGGGCCUCAACACUCAACCAGUGCUAGGGAGCAGACUUUACAUAUAAGAGAAAUGUCUUCCAUCCCUGAGGGCAGAAUUUGUAUUGUUUCCUUUUCCUUUCCUUAGUAUUUACUAGACUAUUCACAGAGGGCACUCACUAAUUGUGCUUUUGACUAUUAUUACUUACCUAUACUUUCCAGUCUGCUUUAAGAAAGCUAACUAGCUCAGUUUGCAA